UCAAGCCACCUGUCCCUUGGUCGUAAGACCCAGAAAUCUGUUCACUGUUGAUCCCACCAGGAUUAUAGGAUGAAGUAGCCUUAAGAUGUUUGACUGAUAACUUCACAUGCUGUCUUGUCCUCUGCCCUCACGGGAGACUCUCUCAUUAAGCUAAUCUCCGUCGCAUAGACGGUCCAAGGGGGCGCCACUGCCUCAUACAAUUACUCUGUGUGUGGCCACAUACAACCGUCAAAAUUUCGUCCUUCACAAAUUUCCGGGAGAAUUUCUCCACUGGAAUGAACUUCCUGCGCCGCAGGUUUAGCUCAGGCGACCUUCAAGGGGAGCUACGAGAUAGGGAUGACCCCACAGCCGCCAUAUUGAAUCUAAAAAAGGGGCCGUCUCCAAGCGCCCCAAGUUCUCCUUCCAAGAGCAGCUCAGCAACUGGAAUAACCCGGGGCCUCUUCUCGUCUACCAAGCCUUCAUACAACAAAGACAGAUGCAAAAUUUUACUAGUUGUUGAUGAUCAACACACAGACUGGCUAAAAUAUUUCAGGGGAAGAAAAAUAUUUGGUGACUGGGAUAUACGAGUAGAACAGGCUGAAUUUUCAGAAAUUAAUUUAGCAGCAUACACAGAUAGUGGCACAGUGGUAGAUAUUCAAGUAACCAGAAAUGGAACAAAAGUGGUUAGGUCAUUUAAACCUGAUUUCCUGUUGAUCAGGCAACAUGUUAAAGAUGCUGGCGAGGACUGGAGAAAUCUUCUGCUGGGCUUUCACUAUGGUGGGGUGCCCAGUAUAAACUCUCUCCAGUCAGCCUACAACUUCCUAGAUAAACCCUGGGUGUUUUCCCACCUAAUCCAGAUCCAACGAAAAGUUGGUAAGGACAAUUUUCCACUAAUAGAACAAGCAUACUACCCCAACCAUAAGGAAAUGUUGGUGACACCAAAAUUCCCAGUUGUGGUAAAAAUAGGACAUGCUCAUUCUGGACUAGGAAAGGUGAAAGUGGACACGCACCAUGGCUUCCAAGACAUUGCCAGUGUAGUAGCCGUCACUCGGACCUAUGCAACAACAGAGCAGUUCAUUGAUGGCAAAUAUGACAUUCACGUGCAGAAAAUUGGAAAUAACUACAAGGCAUUCCUUCGUAAAUCCAUUUCUGGCAAUUGGAAAGCCAACACUGGAUCAGCAAUGCUUGAACAGAUAGCCAUGAAUGAAAAAUUCAAACUUUGGGUGGAUGAAUGUAGCCAGGUAUUUGGAGGCCUGGACAUUGUGGCAGUGGAAGCUAUCCAAGGCAAAGAUGGCAAAGAGUACAUCAUUGAGGUGAAUGAUUCCUCCAUGACAUUAUUGGGAGAGACACAGGAGGAAGACCGGCGCCAAAUGGCUGAUCUUGUUAUUACCAGAAUGCAGCAGUACUGUAAACCAACAGCUUCCAUGAGCAAAGCUACCAGUGCUGGGGCACUAGCUCACUAUUGCAUGAAUGGCACACCAGAUCCUAACACUCAGAAGCCACCUGGAGGAAACCAGCAAAACCAGCAAGCAGCAGCCCAAGCCAUGCAUCAGCGCCAGCUGCAACAGCAACAGGCAAUGCAGCAAGCAGUUGCAUCUGGUCAGAUGCCAAUGCCAAUCCCCAAUGUCAGAGGAGAGGAUGAAGAGGAUACCAUGAAAAACCUCCGCAAGACAUUCGCUGGAAUCUUUGGCGACAUGUAACCCCAGUGACAGGAGUAAUUACAUUGCAUUGAGAGAAUGAUUGUCUCCUGCUGUACAUGUGUGUGUUAGUAAAGAUCCUGUAUGUAAGCCCCCCAGCCCUGAUUCCGCUGACAUCAUCCAUAAUGUGUCAAAACCACAUGUAGAAAUGUAGGUGUAUGUACUGCAUAGAAAUUUAUGCUCAAAAACAUAAAGGAACAAAUUGUUGUCAUUUGUAACAUUUGUAUCUUUAUAAAAACAAAUUUAGCAGACUCCACAGAGUACACUGAUAUUAUGGGAAAUCUUUAUAGAGCUUGCGCAUUGUCAAUAGUUCAAGGUCAGUCAUAGAUAUAUGUAUAUAUAUUACAUUUGUCUCAUCUGUAAUACAUUAAACCAUUUUGUGAAUAACAUCUUAGAAAUCUCAUCAUAUGCAUGUAGGUUAUUCAGAUAUGUUUUUGUAAGUGCAUGGACCACAUUAUAAAGCUUUUUACAGGUUUUAUCUGUAUUUAUUUUAACGUUACCAGUAACAGAGAAGCUUACAUGACCAUGAGCCAAAGCUACAGCUUUGCAGCAGUGUAUACAGAAUGAACUGUUCUGUGAGCAUGCGACACACAUACAUGUAUUUAUGUGACCAAGUGGUUGGCAUGCUAUCUAGCACAGCACAAUGACUUAGGAGCCUCUCACCAAAGCGAUCACUGUGAAUUCUAUUCCCUCUUCCUCUCCAGUUGUACAUGAGAAGGUCUGUGAGCAACUAGCAGAUAGUCAGUCGUUUUCCCUGGGCUGUUCCUCACACCCUCGUGACUACGAUGUAAAAAGCAAGCAAAUAUAUAAAUAGAUAAUUUAUGAUGGUAAGCACCAAUCAAAUAAAUAGAUUAUGUAUUUUACAUACAUACUUACAUAUAUGCAAACACCAAUCUAUAAUUCUUCAACCUUUUCACAUCUUUGCGAAAGCAUAUUCUAAAUGUAUUACUCAGUAGGGCCUAUAGACGGAUUAAAUUACACUUAUUGUGAUACCCUGAAAUUGGUCAACCCAACCAAUAUUUUGUCUCUAAAAUUAAAUUAAAAUUGCAAAAAGGUUGAGGAAUUAUGGUAGUACAUGUGGAAAUUUGAAAGGUCGCCCAAUUGAUUAUUAAUUGUAAGGUAAAAGUACCUUAGUGUCUUUUCUUUGAUAAAAACCCUUACUAUUACUGAAAAAUGUUGAAAAUUUGAAAAGGAAAUGCAUGUUAAAAAAAUGUAUACUGAGAUAAAGCAACUUUUCUACUGCUCUUAAGCUCAACUCAAGCAUUGCCUUUACAGGUGUAUUUUCUUGCUAAAACCUGUACUCUCUAACCACAUUGUGAAUCGUUCUUUUGCAUUUUUACUUUCGUCACGGUAUCUUGUGGUAUUCAAUGUAUCAAAUCUGGGAACCCACACCUCAUCAAGUUAGUGAGAGCAAAGGAAGGGUUUUAUUUUGUUACUCAAGUUCUAAGUGACCCAUUGAAUUAUCUGAUUUUGUUACUCAAGUUCUAAGUGAAACAUUGAAUUAUCUGAUCUUGGAUUCGUCUGGCAUUGCAAUUAAGGGCCUGUGUCUGUUUGUAAUAGCUCUUAUAUUACAUGUAUUUUUAACUUUUACAGCAAUAGCUUGGUCAGUAAGAGCAGUCUGACAGGCAGCAUUUUGUUUCAUUUUGUAUAAAUGAAGAAACAAAAAGGUACCAAAAAAAGCACCUUAAUAAGUAUGAGUAUUAAACCUUUAAUCCCAUCUGUUUAAAACCAAUGUACAUGUUAUUAUACAGUUGCAUGCUGUAUUAAGUUUGCAUCAUGAUAUUUACAUUCCUUGUAUGGUUUGAUUGAUGUAUAUCUUGUGCCAAUUAGGGUAAUGCUGCUGUGAUGUGAAGUUUGCGAUCCUUUUGUCAAUACCUCACACUCUAUAUGUUUGUGUGUACAUUUGUGGGACUAUGCAUGCAUGCAAUUUCUAAAGUUCUCUAGAAGAAUUCUAGCAACUUCAACCCACCUGAAUCUUGACUAUUUGUUAGCGUGUAGUAGUCUUUUUGUUUUAUAACUUUUGUCAUUAUAACCAUUUACCAUUACAAUACAUGAACGAUAUUCCACCAAUGCAUUAAGCAGCUUUUAAUGUUCUUGUUGUUGUGUGGUUACACUUCUAGUCUUUGAUGAAGUUUGUUAUUGCUUUAGUCUGUGAUACCACAGUAUUGAUUUCAUUUAUACAUAUACUGCAUUCAUAAAUUUCUCUUUACACUUUUUUUAUUACAGUUAUGUGUUCUAUAUUGUUCUGUUUUAUAUGUUUAUGUAACAGUUUAAGUGUUCUAUGUUUAUGAUCUAAGGUUAUGCUGGCCAUAUGAAACAUACCUAAGUAUUAAAUAAACAGUUGAUGGUGACUUUUAUUUUAAACCAUUCUAGUCAACAAUCACAAUUCAUGUAUUCUGUUUCUGUUGAUUUUAUUGUUGUUAUUAUUAUAAUAAUUUAUCUGUACAUCAAUUACAGGUGAAUAGGAAGGUCAUUUUGUAUAUAACAAAGGAAAAGAGAAAUAUAUGGAUCAAAGCUCACAGACAGCAGGCUUGCUGGGAAUGUUUUUGGC